AUGGCGGAGUAUGAAGCAUGUGUCUUAGGAAUCCGAGAUGCACUGGGGCAAAGCAUAAAGACCUUGCGGAUAUAUGGAGAUUCAGUGUUAGUAAUUUACCAGCUCCGCGAAGAGUGGGAAACCAAGGAUUUCAAGCCAUAUUUUGCUGCAAUUUUUCUGCAAGUUGGUCUUGCAGGAAUGGAUGUCUUAUCUAAGGCUGCAUGGAACCCAGGCAUGAGAAAUUACGCGUUGGUCGUCUACCGUCACGCCAUCGCCACCCUCGUUAUGGCUCCUUUUGCAGUCAUCAUCGAAAAGAAAGUGAGGCCUAAGAUGACAAUGUCAAUCUUCAUCAAAAUAAUGGUGCUCGGCUUGAUGGAGCCAGUUAUUGAUCAAAACUUGUAUUAUGUGAGGAUGAAGUACACAACGGAAACUUUUGCAGCUGCCUAUAACAUUCUUCCUGCCAUUACCUUCUUAAUGGCUUGGAUUUUGAGGUUUGAGAAGGUAAACUUCAGAUCAAUCCGAAGCCAUGAUAAGGUUAUCGGCACCCUAGCAACUGUUGCAGGAGCCAUGGUGAUGACACUGAUGAAAGGACCGGUGCUCAAGUUGUUUUGGACCAAAUCGAGUAUUAACAACCACGAAGCAACAUCAAAAAAGGGGACGGAUUUCCACCACACGGUCAAGGGUGGUCUGAUGAUCGCUGCCAGUUGCUUCAGCUACGCUUGUUUCGUUAUUCUGCAAGCUGUCACGUUCAAAACAUAUCCGGCUGAACUUUCCCUCACGGCUUGGAUAUGCCUGAUGGGAACACUCGAAGGAACAGUAGUAGCUUUGGUAAUGGAAAAGGGAAAUGCUGCAAUUUGGGCUCCUAAAUGGGACACCAAGUUACUUACAGCUGCAUACAGUGGUAUUGUAUGUUCAAGACUUGCUUAUUACAUUCAAGGUGUCGUAAUGAACGACAGAGGACCAGUUUUCGUCACGGCGUUCAGUCUCCUAUGUAUGGUGAUUGUAGCAGUAAUGUCAUCUUUCAUUGUGGGUGAGCAAAUGUUCCUUGGAAGUGUGAUUGGAGCAAUUAUCAUAAUCUUGGGACUAUAUUUUGUGCUAUGGGGUAGAAGCAAGGAAUACUAGUCCCAACAGCCAUUAGUGGAGCAGCAAGUAGAAGCAGGUAAAUUAGUUAAUGCUACUAACAAUGAAGAUGCCAGUUUUGAUCAUCAGGCCAUCAUAAUUGAUAAGAGUCU